AUGAUUCUACCAAAAUAUUUGGUACCUUUUUCUUAUUUAAUAGUUUUAACAACUAGUGCAGCUAUUGAAGUUCCUGCAGGAACACCAUGGAUAAACAUUACACCAAAACCUGUUUAUGCAAGAGCUUUUGGACCACCAGCAUCAGGAAUAGAUACCAUAACAGUGCCUUACAUGCAAAAAUCAUCGUUUUUUCCAAAAUUUGUUGAUCCUAAAAUGAUGAUUUCAAAAAAGACAGAUUUACUCAGUAAUUUGUUUAGUGGUUUAGGACCUGCUUAUCCUAUGGACUUUAAACCAUUUAUACCAUAUACUACAAGUGGAUCACCUUCAUAUAAUAUGCCUGAUGCAGCACAGUUAUUGAGCAAAAGUAUUGUGAAUGAUGGUAUUGCUCCAUACAAACGUGGAAUUUUUGGACCCUUUGGUUCCAAACCUUUUGAUCCUUUAAGUCCUAAAUUUGGACCUAUGUCUCAAUUCUCAAGUUUAAAUACUUUACCUAAUUAUAGUAUGAAAAAUAAGUAUUCCCGUAAAAGAAGAAGUAUAGAUGAAUAUUCUGUAGCAAAACUUCGGUCAAUUAUGGAUAAUGGUGAACCUGAAAUAAAAGAUUUAGGACCACCACCUUCAUAUCCCACUCUUGCUCCAAUUUCUGAAGAACCUGAGGAAGAUGUAAAUCUACAGAAAAGAUUGGGAGGUAUGGUCACACCAAAACAAUAUUUACCAGGACUAUUUGGACCAUUUGGACCAGUGAUGGAUCCAACUAUGUUUAUAGCAAAAAAAUCUGCUUUCUUGGAUACUUUGUUCAAAAAUAUAGCUAGUACUACUCCAUCACCAACUUCGACGGAAGUGCCACUAAUGAAAAGUACUAUUGUAGCACCAGACUUUUGGUUACCAUCAUCAUUAAUUCCUAGUCCAAUGGAAUAUAAUAAAAAAGUAACACAAUUCCUAGAUAAGUUAUUUGAAACUUUAAAAUUGAAUAAAACCAUGAUAACCACUGACAAUAGCGUAAAUGUUAAAAAUGAUUUAGUGAGAGCUAUUGCAUCUGAUGAAGACAAAGUAAAAAUUGUAAGAUCUGUUGAAGAUUUAUCAUCGAUAAAUGCUGCUAAAGACUCAAUUGUUACUAGCAUUUUAUCUGAAUUAGGUGAUUUAAAAAGUAACAUGGUGACAACAAUGAAUGAUUUAAUUUCUUAUGAAAACUCUGCAGCAUCAUUGUCAACAAAAAAGCCUUUCAAACCUUUUGGUCCUAGUGCAUGGUCAAAAUCAGCUAAUGGAUUACUUCCUUUCCAGCAAAAAAUAGCUAUUUUAAGUCAAGUGUUUGAUAUGCUAACUGAUUUACAAAAGAAUAUUACUCUAGCAAUUGAAAAUAUAAUGAAAGCCAAAAUGGUGUCUACAGGUACUUCAGAAGAAACAUUUAAUGCCAACUAUCCUAUGGCUAAUGGCAUUCUUCCCAGUGUUGAUGGUAUGUUCAAUAACAUGAGUUUACUAGAAGCUAUUAAACAUAAAUUAGAUACAUUGGAUUAUGGAAUGCCUCUUUCAUACAAAACAAGUUUUGAUAAAUUUGGACCAGUAAUGACUCGAACACUGUCAAAAAGUCCAGCGUCAUUUUGGGUUUCUUACCCUAAAGAUGAACAAAGUAUAAAACGAGAAGUCGAUAAUGAUAUUACAUCUUUGAUGAAUGAGGAAAGUAACUCCAAUCAAAAGCAGCAAACACGUUCAGUUAAUAUGCAAAUGCAUCAAGGAUAUCAAAGUUUGCCACCUGGUUCUAUAGAAUCCAUACAGGCAGGUGGAGGAUCUACACUUGGACAUCAAGGUGGAGGAAUCAAGUUAUUUAUACAAAUGCCUGUAUUACCUAAUAUGCAGAUACCCAACAAUUAUGAAGAUAUUAAUAGAUGGAAUAACUGGAUGGAAUAUCUGCAAAAUGGCUACCAAGGACACAGACAUCACAAUCACCAUUAG